CUGAGUCAAGAUUCCUCGGAAUGAACUCUACAUGUCGAGGGUUCAGUUCUGGUACACAGGGAACACAGUAAGACAAGGAAGCCUAAUAGCACCUUAGCUUCCGAAAGGACACGAACCACUUGCUGAGAACACAUUUAAUCUUUCCAAGUUCCAACUGGAUCUGCAUGCCAUCAAGGUCUAACUCAGGGAGGCUCGGAGAACGAAAAAGCAGCUAUCGUGUGAACCAAGGCAUAAUGCAGAGCACAGAAUGAAAUAACUUCGCACUCAAGAGUGCUCAUUCUUAAUUUUGCAUUUUCACUACCCUGUAGACUAUUUAUUGACACAAAUUCAGUAGAGAACAGAAUCCUUUACCACUACUAUGGCAAAGCUAUCUUGAAUGAUGGAAUCCAUGAAGCAGCCUUGAUUCUUCGGUCAUAUUUGUCCACAUAAAUCUACUACUGCUUUAUAAUUCCUCUGUACAGCACAGAUUGUACGAAACACCAUAGGUACAAAGUUGAAGGGAGAAUAUAUCUUUUCCACUAUAAAUAGACAGUACUCAGUGUGACUACGCAAGGAACCAGCACCCCCUGCCCCCAACCCCGCCUAACCGCUCCAAAGGAGAAAACAUUCUCUUUAGUGCCACACAGGUACUAGAAAAGAAUGAAUACUUCUCUUGUAGUAUACCUAAAAAGUCUUAAAACUUUCUGUGCAUUUGCAUCCACCAAAUUCUCUUCUUUUGCCAAAUCUGCAUGGCAAUCCAUGAAAUACUCCUGCCAGUUCAUCUGCCAAACCAACCCGCUCUUUAUCCAAGUCACCUAUUUCACCUUGAUCUCAUUUGCUGGAUAUGAAGCUCUGAAGGUUCUUAACUCUCAAGAUAAGUCAAAUACUCUGAAAAACUUAGACGUGUUGUUUACUUCUGUAUCUGCAUCAACUGUCUCAAGCAUGGCUACUGUUGAAAUGGAGGAAUUCUCAAGCAAACAACUCUGGGUUUUGGCAAUUUUAAUGCUGAUUGGCAGUGAGGUGUUCACUUCAAUACUUGGUCUUCACUUCAUGAGGGCUAAAUUCAAUACAGAAAAUUCACUCAACACAAGGGACCACAUAUCUCAUAUUGAUAUUGAAUCUAUUAAUGUUGCAAACUUUGAUCCCAACACUAGCCAUGGCACAAAAGAUGCAGUUGCAUUUUCCGAACUCCGCCAGGCAAACAAACAACAUGUUGAUCCCAAGACAACUGUACUUUUAGGUACUGCAGUGACGGUCUGUCUUCUAAUAACAAACUUAGGGAGCUCCUUACUUAUUUACCUCUACCUUAAGUUAGUACCAGAUGCACAAGAAAUUCUGAAGAGAAAACGGACUGGGCUCAUUUUAUUUUCUGUAUUUACGGCUAUAUCCUCGGUUGCAAACUGUGGCUUCACUCCAGUAAACGAGAAUAUGGUUAUCUUCCAGAAGAACUCCGGUCUGCUAUUGCUAAUUAUUCCUCAGAUGCUAGUAGGAAAUACAUUAUUUGCACCAUGCUUGAGAUUCAUGGUGUGGUCACUCCAGAAGAUUACCGGGAAACAAGAAUGGUGUUACAUUCUUGAGCAUGCAAACGCCAUCGGAUACAGGCAUCUUAUGAGUACAAGAAAGUGUGCUUACUUAAUUUUAACUGUUGUGGGCUUCAUAAUUCUGCAAACCAUAUUGUUUUGCUCUUUGGAAUGGAGCUCCGAGGCUUUGCAGGAAAUGAGCAGCUAUCAAAAGAUAGUAGGUGCUCUUUUUCAGUCAACCAAUGCGAGGCAUGCUGGUGAAACUAUUGUGGAUCUGUCAAGAAUCUCUUCGGCAAUAGUAGUCCUAUACACCGUCAUGAUGUACCUUCCCGGCUACACAUCAUUUUUACCCAAUUACGACGAUCGGUAUUCUAAGGACGAGAAGAGAUACAACAGAAAAGGGCUAUUGGAGGACUGGAUCUUGUCCCAAUUGUCUUAUUUGGCUAUCUUUGUCAUGCUAAUUUGCAUCACUGAGCGAGAAGCACUGACCACAGAUCCACUUAAUUUCAAUGUUUUCAGCAUACUGUUUGAAAUUUGCAUAUGGAAACGUGGGCUUCUCUAUGGGUUACAGCUGCAAGAGGUUACUGAAACAAGACCUACACUGCAAGGAUGCUUCAUAUGGGUUUGUUGGGAAAUGGAGCCACGAGGGGAAAAUUAUUCUGAUCAUCGUCAUGGUCUUCGGGAGGCUUAAGGGGUACAACUUGAAGGGGGGAAAAGCAUGGAAGCUUAGAUAGCAUCAACUCCGUGAGGGCCUAGUAUUCCCCCUCCCAAAUAGGCAAAUAUGGUGUAUAGCUUCGGACAUGCAUAACAAACGGCAUCGUCGCUUUUCCUUCACCAAUAAUCUGUGUCCACCUUGUAGUCGUAUGAUGCUAGUAAAGGAUAUGAAUAAAAAUACUAGUAUAAUAGUACAAAGAUAGUAAGCACACACGUACAGGAGUGUUUGGUUUCCAUUUACCGUACGCAUCGUCAUACACAUCACCCUGGUUCCCUACAUCAAUGCGACAACACCCAAUCAUCUAGCCUCCAUAAUUUAGCAAUUCACCCUUGGCAGUUCAUACUUGAUCCAUUCUCCGUGCAUUCACCGAAAUAGGAAAGCGCGGGUAAAUUCGUAACAAAUAACACGAUGACAAAACUUUUGGAAAUCAGAGCUGGUUGAUCUCGGCCCUAGCACCAAGAGAUGCGGUAACUUGAUAGCACAGCCACAGUGACUGAUGCCUAGCGAGGAAUGGACGGGUGGCUCGGUUCCGCAACGAUUUCGAUGCGUGAA